UUCGUUUUGAGUUUUCUCAGCCGCUGUGUCCGCUGUUUGGUUUUACAAUUUUGUCCAUAAUUCCUUUUAUUUCUUGAUUGAAUACGUUGAACAGUGUUGAUUUAUCAAAAUCUACUGCUUAGUAUAUUUAUUAACAACAUUUUAGCUCUAGGUUAAUAUCGACCUGUCAGAAGACAUUUUCCCGUCAAGCUGCUCUCGCAAAUUUCGCAAAAUAGGAGACGAAAACCCCUUUAAGUUUUCUAAUUUUAUAUCGAAUCUGCCACCAAUCGGUGGUGGAGCGAUGCCUCGCUGCAGUAAACGCACUCGAAGCGGCGCACCCACGAAUGAGGUGCUGCCGGGAGCGACUGCUAUAGACGACCAUCACCAUCACAAGAGAUCUAGAAAUAGCAGUUCUCGACGACAUUCCAAAUCAGAAGACACCAGUUUCAGUGCAAAGAAAUGUUUAACUUGGUUCAAAGAAUACACUACGGUUACAGAGCCAGAUGUCUUAGGUCCAGAAGGUAUGGAAAAGUUUUGCGAAGACUUAGGAGUAGACCCGGAGAAUGUAGUAAUGUUGGUGAUAGCAUAUAAAAUGGGCGCCAAACAAAUGGGCUAUUUUACGCAAGAAGAAUGGCUUAAAGGUUUGACCGAGCUGCAGUGUGACAGUGCGCAAAAACUCCAGAACAAAUUAGAUUAUUUACGGAAUUUACUAAAUGACCCCUAUGUAUUUAAGGCCGUAUACCGAUAUUCUUAUGACUUUGCUAGGGACAAGGACCAGCGGUCGCUGGACACAGGCACGGCGCGGGCGCUGCUGGGCGUGCUGCUGCCGCGCUGGCCGCUGCGGCCGGCGCUGGCCGACUUCCUGCAGCGCGAGCGUCGCUACCGCGUCGUCAACCGCGACCAGUGGUGCAACAUCCUGGAGUUCAGCCGGACCGUGGACGCGCAGCUCACCGCCUACGACGCGGACGGCGCCUGGCCAGUGAUGCUGGACGAGUUCGUGGAAUGGCUUCGGGCUUCGCGCGGCGACGCCGUCCCGCCCGCCAGCUGAGGCCGCCACAGGUACUCCCGGGGGCACUCACACACACAACACACACACACUACACGACGGAUCAGCGAACAGCUUUCACACGAUUGUUGACUCGACGUCCUAGCUUGUUACGGCCCCACCCAGCUAAAUAACAUUUUAAUUUGAUUUAAGAGCGAAUGUUAGUGGAUUGUUUUUAUAUCUAUUGUAUCAUCAGGGAUCGCGACGUCAAAUUCAUUUAUUUGCCGUCUAUGAUUAAUAUUACAUUACAAAGGGCGAAGUGCGGGUUUGCGUUUCACUUCUCACUAUCGAGUCGGUUCGAAGUGAGACGCAGCGAACCAACAACAUUGCGGUGUGGUUGUCGCUGCGACACAAUGGCGCACUGUGAUUGGUUAUCUGGGUCUCACUGCGAAUCGACUUGAUAGUGAGGUGUAAAUAGCAAAGUAACACUACGCAAAAUGAGACGGAAUAAUUUCACUUGAUACCUCUUUUUGGCGAUGUUUGUACGAUACGAAAACACCUCGACACUAGCAAUUAUUUAGGUAUUUAAAAUACGUAAUCUUUGGAAGAAAACCUUUGCCCAAUAGUGGAAGGAAUAUGUUUUAAAAAAACCUCGACAUUACCAUAUUACCUUUUCUUUUUUUUUUUUGUUUUUCUAAUGAAAUAUAAACUAUUAAAAUCAAAAAUGACUUACCGUUUUUAAGUGCUUAAACAAAUGUGGUAUAUGCACGUUCUUUACGUCAUACACAGGAAAUUAUAUUUAAUACAUAGUUUGAUAUCUAUCUAAUAAAUUAACUCUGGAGUAUUAACUUGUGCUGAAAACUCAUAAUAUUGCAUACUUUGCACAAUUCUCAUAUAUUAUCCGAUCCCCUAUUAUAUUCAUUGUAAUGAGAUUUCAAUAAAUCUAGAAAUGAAAUCCUGAUAUAUAAACAGCAGAGCGGCGUUUGUAUGUAUUUCUGUUAUUCAAUUUGAUUUAUAUUUAUUUCAUUGUUAGAUAAAUACAUAUGUGAUGUGAAGAAGUGGCACAACAAAAUUCACUGCUGCUUUUUCUUCAAAUUAUAAAUUAUAAUAGUUGUGAGCUUAAGAGUGCCCUUUAAAAUACUUGACGUUGACAACAAAUUGGCGAACUGAUGAAACAGUAGUGGUUCAGUGCUCAAGACUUGCUUGUGAUCGAAAAGUUCCAGGUUCAAAUCCUACUCGUGCCACGCGUCUACUGCCACAAGAUUUCGUAUUUAAUGAUAUUAUUUUAUUCGUAUAAAACUUGAAUAAAAUAAUACCAGUGGUAGCAAUAACACUCGAAGAGUCUCAUAUCAACUCUAUUAUAGCUCGCUCUCGUGUUGUCAAUGUAAAAUACGUCAUACAAAGGUCGCUCCAAGGUUCAAUUUUCAACGAACGUUAUUUUGCCGGGUGGGAGCGGUGUCGAAUAAGUUGGCUAAGAACAAAGCUGAAUACACAUCAUCGUAAGGCAGGAUAUUUUUACCUUAAAACGGAUACGCACCAUUGGUAUAUUCUCUGUCCACUAAAAUAGUUUUAACUGCAAUGGAACCGGGUGUGCCCUAAAUGUUUCAGUUAUAUAAGAUCUGUGUAUGAACAUUUGAUUAACACCUUUCAUAACACAAACAUUAAAGAUAAUAAUGUGCAGUCUGUCUUUAAAGAGUAGAAAGAAUAUAAAUGAAAGCGUUGUCUCCUGUUGGCUGGCAGCACUGGGUUUUUAUCUGGGUUUUAACCAAUCUCGACAAUUUGAUUUGUUAUUGCAAUGACAUAAACUGACAUAGUUCGUUAAAAAUACCCUCUACUCUUUAAAAACAGACUAUAUAUCUAUUUAUCUCUACGCGAGAAACACGGUAUUCAAAACGGUGUUUAUUAUAAUAUUUACGACUGUUACAAGCAGAACAUUAAGCCUACUACAGUAUUUGACUCGUACGCCAGUUUUCGUAAAGUGAUGAUGAUUCGUGAUGUGAUGUUCGACGGGUAACAACAGUAUCUUAUGGUCGAUGUUUAGUAUUUACUCAUCGAAAAGUUGGGUUUGUGCCCAACUGUUUGGGUAAAACCGGACAAACACCGGCCGCAUACCCGUUACGCCAAUUUCUGUAAUUUGCUAAUCAAUAACUAUUUAGAUCAAAAAUAAAAAAGCACACAAAACAGCCCUCCAUAAGAACCUUCACCCGUGAAACGACACAGAUAUUAUGUGGUAAAAUAUAUGUUUUUCGUUGGGGUAGACAGAGCCUUUGAAUUGAAUGGACACCUUUUUUCCUUCACCAUGAUUUACGUUAAGCGCCCUUUACUGGAAUACUAAACGUUGCAGAUAUUGUGUCAUAAAUGGAUUGAUUGAAAUUUACCAGUUAAUGUCUAUGGCACUUUGGAUGUAAAAUUGUAAGGGGAUCCUGGGAGAAAUGUAUAAGUUAAAACAAAGAAUAAAGAUGCACACGGCAUAGUGUGAAAUAUUUCUAUACAACUGUGAAUUUCUUUGGGCAUCUAGUGGUGGUUUUGUUAAUUUCCUACCUGGCCAAGUAUUCAGACGGACUGGCCAAGCAAGCAAUUGCAGUUAGGUAAACUUUGGAACCAUCUUGCAUGCGAAUAUUUGGAAGUAUUUUUAAAAAGAUAACAAAGAUAUUUUCAGUAUUCUUGCUAUCUCUGUCUCUCUACAUAAAAAGGAAGAAAUGAUAAUUUAUUCGAACAAAAGGAUUAUCUACUUGCGUUUUAGUAGUAUAAAUAAAAA